AUGUCACAGCGGCUUGGCUUGUCAACAAUUGCAGGUGUCACGAAAGCUCAAAUAUCCCGGCUUUCGUCAGAACCAUUCGAUACAUUUGCGAUCAACCCAGCAAUAGACCGAGAGGAGCGGAUUAGAGCCUUUUGGACAACUGAAAUGCUCGAAAGCAUUUUUGCUCUUGGUUCAACUAGUCCCUUUGCCACGCUUCCGAUCACUGCUACUGUCAAUUUGCCAGGGAGCGAGACAGCUUGGGCUUUAGACAAUCCAUUCAGGGAAGAUGUACCUGUUCACAAUCUACGAUACUCUUCUGGAUUUUCCAUGUGUAUAAAUCUAUGCACAAUUGAACUCGGGGCCGUACAUAACUUCCAGCAAACUGUGCGAGAAAGUGGUAAUAUGAUAGGUGGGCUGGAAUGGCAAAGUGCUGCCCAGAGAUUUGAUGAGAGACUCACCAUUUGGAGGGAAGAAUUCGUUGCUUCAGUUUUCAGACUUAUUAACACUGAGUACCCUCUGGACGCCCGUGCUGAGAUGGAACCAUUUAUUAUAUUGACCAAUUGUGUUCUCAAUAUCCAACGCUGGCGUCUAGCCAAAUUGUUUGAAACCGUUAUUCGAACAGCCGUCGCGGAACAUCGCACUCCAGUGCACGAGUCUGCGCUCCCAGUAGAGUUCUACGACCUUCGAUAUUCUGUGGUUGAAAUAUGCGAUUUAUUAGAAAGCUGGGCUGUCACUGUCUCGUCCUCUUUUAUGUGA